UGAGAAAUCCUUCAAGCGCACAAUGGAUCUGGUAAGUACAGGCUCGCUCGAACGUUCUCACGUUAGCUUAAUUUCGUCCCUCCGCCCUCGUAAGCCGAAAAACACAAUCAGCAAUGGAAAACGACCAGGGUGUUCUCGUCGAUCUCUACGUCCCCCGUAAAUGUGCGGCAACAAACCGUUUGAUUACCUCCAAGGAUCAUGCGUCGGUUCAAAUUGCCAUCGCUGACGUUGACGCUAACGGUCGCGCAUUGCCAACUACCACUACCUUCGCAUUAUGUGGUCAAGUGCGGUCUCAGGGAGAAAGCGAUGACUCUAUGAACCGACUGGCAACCAAGGCUGGCUUGCUCCGCAAUGUCUGGUCAUACCAAAAGUAAACUGUAGACACUGGCUUUGUUCAAUCUCAUCUCGCUAUCCCUUAUUCCGCCCCCCUGUAUUACGCUUCUUGAAAUCCAUUUAGCAGUUGCCGCUUCAGCGCAAGCGGUUGACGCAUUACUGCAUGAUUUAUGCAUGGAAUUGUCUGGCAAACAAAUCUCAUCAGUCUAUCAUUCCACCACUGGCAGUUGGGUUGCCCUAGUAAAACUAAUAUUGUAAGGCCUAUGUAUGUACCUUGUAUACGCGUCUUAUAACCUCGUUCGUAAGCCAGUCGACCUCGCUCGUACUCAGACUCCCGGCUAGAUAGUUUGUACUUGCACGUGGAAUCCCAUCUGACUGUAAUUGCGUCA